AUGCCUUCAACUUCAAUCUACAAGUCAGUCAUCUAUCCCGGGAACCACGAGAAGUUAUCUUCGCCCCAAGAUACCCAAAACUUCAUCGACAACAAACUCGUGUCCUCAAAGACGACGAAAUGGAUCGACGUUCAUGACCCAGCUACCAACAACACCAUCACUCGUGUUCCUGAAAGCACAACUGAUGAACUUCAAGAAGCAGUCCGCUCAGCAAAGGCUGCUUUUCCAGCUUGGAAGAGGACGAGCAUCAUUAAGCGUCAGCAGAUCAUGUUUAAGCUGACGCACUUGAUCCGUGAACAUAUGGAUAAUCUCGCGACAAGCAUUGUUACUGAGCAAGGAAAGACUUUUGCUGAUGCCAAGGGUGAUGUUCUGCGUGGAUUGCAGGUUUGCGAGACGGCCUGUGGAAUUACCACCCAGCUUACUGGAGAGGUACUUGAGGUUGCAAAGGAUAUGGAGACAAGGUCUUACCGACAGCCUCUGGGUAUCACUGCUGCCAUUUGUCCUUUCAACUUUCCCGCCAUGAUUCCUUUGUGGUCCCUGCCCUUGGCUACAGUCACUGGAAACUGCAUGAUUGUCAAGCCAUCAGAGCGUGACCCCGGAGCUGCCAUGAUGAUUGCUGAGCUGUGCAGAGAGGCUGGCUUUCCUCCUGGUGUCGUCAAUGUCGUGCACGGAUCAAAGGACACGGUCAACUUCCUCCUCGAUGAACCAGAAAUUCAAGCCAUUUCCUUUGUUGGAUCCAACGCAGCUGGAGAAUACAUCUACCAACGGGGUUCAGCCAAUGGAAAGCGAGUCCAGGCUAACCUCGGCGCAAAGAACCAUGCGCUUUUGAGCUCAGACGCAAACAAAGACCACGCCCUUGACUCGAUUGCCGGGGCUGCUUUUGGCGCUGCUGGACAAAGAUGCAUGGCUUUGAGUGUUUUGAUCACCCUGGGCGAUGCGAAGCAAUGGUUAGACGAUCUUGUGACAAAGGCAAAGAAUCAUAUCGCUGGUAGUGGAUUCGAUUCCAAGUCUGACUUUGGUCCACUUAUUACGCCUCAGGCUCGUGAUCGAUGCGAGGCUCUUAUUACUAGUGCUGAAAAGGAGGGAGCCAAGAUUCUUCUUGAUGGAAGAGGAUGGAAGCCUGAGGGUUUCCCAGAUGGCAACUGGGUCGGCCCGACUGUCAUUGCAGGUGUCACCCCCGAAAUGGAAUGCUACCGCGAAGAGAUCUUUGGUCCCGUCCUCCUGUGCAUGGAGGCCUCAACUCUUCAAUCAGGAAUCGAGAUUAUCAAUGCCAACGCAUGGGGCAAUGGCGCGGUGAUCUUUACCAACAACGGCGCCAAGGCUUCUUUGUUCCAGCAAGAAAUUGACGCUGGACAAGUUGGCAUCAACGUGCCCAUCCCUGUUCCUCUACCCAUGUUCUCAUUCACGGGUAACAAGCGAAGUGUGGCUGGAACAGGAUUGGCCAACUUUUAUGGAAAGGAUGGGUUGAGAUUUUAUACACAGUGGAAGACUGUAACCUCGCUUUGGAGAGCGGAUGAGGCUAGUACGGGAGAGAAGUUGACGAGUAUGCCUACUAGCUCUUGA